AUGACCAAUCUGACUUGGCAAGUCAAGUGUGCUGCCAAACAGGCGGAGGCAGACGCCAAAAUUCCCAUCGAAUGGCGACUCCCUGCAGAGAUCCUCCAGCAAGUCAAUCAAAAUGAGCUGAAUAUUCUUGAUGUUCCCUCGAAAUGCGGAGUCCUUACCAAAGAAGAGCUCGCGAUUACUGAGCUUCCUGAUGCAACUUCGCUCCGGGAUAAGCUUAUCACCCUAGAACUCAGCGCCGUUGAAGUGACCACCGCCUUUUGCAAGCGUGCUGCCAUUGCGCAGCAGUUGACUUCAUGCUUGACGGAGACCAUCUUCUCAGAGGCUCUUAUUAGAGCCGAAGAGCUGGACGCGCAUAUCAAGUCUACCGGAAGACCCAUCGGACCACUUCACGGAAUCCCGAUCAGUAUGAAGGAAACCUUCAAUAUCAAGGGCGUGCCGACCUCUCUCGGGUUUGUGUCUUUCUUGGAUCGUGAGCCCGUCACCCAGAACUCUGUCUUGGUAGAGCUUCUCCUGGAAGCAGGUGCUGUGCUGUACGUGAAAACCAACGUGCCCCAGACCAUGAUGACCGCCGACUCGCAUAACAAUGUCUUUGGACGUGUGCUAAACCCACACCGAAGUACCCUGACGGCUGGUGGCAGCAGUGGAGGCGAAGGAGCUCUUGUGGCCAUGCGUGGAUCCAUCCUUGGCAUUGGGACUGAUAUUGCUGGAUCAAUUCGCAUCCCAGCACUGUGCUGUGGUACCGUGGGCUUCAAGCCUAGUAUCGGUCGCGUACCGUAUGCUGGCCAAACGAGCGCCGGUAGACCGGGUAUGACUGGGAUUGCUCCAUGCGCAGGACCGAUUUGUCACUCUGUUCGCGACGCGGACAUGCUCCUCCGAGUGGUUUUUAAUGCAGCUUCUGAUGACAUGGACGACAUGGCGCUAGGAUUCCCCUGGGUUCAGCCCGUGAAAGCGUCUACGCAGCUCACAAUCGGAGUCUUGCCAGAAGAUCCUCAAACUCCACUGCACCCCAACAUGCAGCGCACUCUCAAAAUGGCCAUCGAAAAGCUGGAAAAUUCGGGCCAUCACAUUGUGGAUCUAUCGAAACAGAUCACAUUUUUGGGAGCUGCUGCAGAUCUCGCAUUCCGCUUCUUUCGCAUUGACCCUGAUCAAACAGCGUUGCAGAACAUCUACAAGUCUGGCGAGCCGGCGAUCCCGUCUCUUCGAUUCACGUACGACCUCGAAGGAAAAGGAGAGGAGCCAACUUUGCGAGGAUUGUUUGACUUGAACGUCUCCCGAGCAGAUAUUACAGCCAAAAUGCGUCGCAUCUUUCUCGACAACCGCCUGGAUGUGAUUAUCGGACCAGGAUACCAGAGCACAGCAGUUCCUCAUGACACUUAUGGUGUUCCAGUAUACACGGUCCUCGCCAAUUUGGUCGAUUAUCCCGCAUGCGUCAUUCCAUAUGGCUCCUCUCAUGAGGCCGAUGAUGCUGAGUUCGUGCGCGACGUGAAGUAUUAUCCUCCUUAUGUUCCCAAAGAGGUCGAAAACGCGCCGUGCCACGUGCAACUUAUCGGCCGUCGCCAGAAGGAUGAGGUGCUCAUUCAGCAUGCGCUGAUCGUGGAGGAAGUUUUAUCCAAGUGA